AUGUUUGAAGUUAUUGAAUUGGGUACAGACAAGUUUGAAGAAGUGAUAUGGUUUGAUAUCAACCUUGGAACAAGCAAGGGAAUGCUUGUAUCCAAAGAUUUAGAUCUUCACACAUGUAUUGAGUUACUAAAAAGUCAUUCACUCUUCAAGGGCUGUCGUUUCAUUGUUGAUAUUUCGGAAAGAGUUUGUGGAUCAACAAGUGCCUUUGAACAGGUCAACAGAGAAACUCAACAUGACAAUCAAAACAAAUGCAAACAGAUAAUGGAAAUAGAUAUGGUUGAAGCUCAACCAAUAACUGAAGAGGCGCUUCAAAUAUCUGAUUCUAUUCAAGUAGAAGGACAAAGCAUUAUAGAGAUUGACAACGAACAAGCUUUGGAUAUUCAAGUCUUAGAGACUGCACCGGUUGUUAGAUCAAGCUCAACAAGAUAUUCGUUGAAAUGCAAUGAUGAUAGGUGUGGGUGGUGUGUGCGUGCUUUCAGAAUUAAAGAUUCAACACUGUUCAAGAUAGUAAAGAUUGAGAAAUAUCAUGACUGCUCUGCUAACACUAUGAAAGCUGAUCAAAGGCAUGCAACUUCAAAGUUGAUUAGUGGUUACAUUAUCGACAAUCUUCGAGACCCAAGGUUUGAAGUUACACCAGCUUUUGUCAUGGCAGAAAUGCAAAAAUUGCAUGGACUAGACAUUGGGUAUCACAAGGCGUGGCGUGCUAUUCAAUGUGCUUCUGCUUUAAUAAGAGGAACUCCUGAAGAGAAUUAUGAAUUAUUAUCUUCAUACUUGUAUAUGAUGAGAAGUAAAAACCCGGUAACAUAUACUAACAUAAAGAUAGAUGACAACAACAGGUUUCUUUAUAUGUUUUAUGCAUAUGGAUCAUCAAUAUCUGGUUGGAAUCAUUGUAGACCAGUGAUUGCUGUUGAUGCAACUUUUUUGAAGUUAAAAUUUCAUAGUGUUUUAAUGAUUUCAGUUUCAAAGGAUGCAAAUAACCAAAUUUUUCCACUAGCCUUUGGAAUAGCAGAAUCUGAAAAUAACAAUUCUUAUGAGUGGUACUAUAGUGAGCUUCGCAAUGCAAUUGGGAGCCGUGAGAAUUUAAUUUUUUUAUCAGACAGGCAUCAAGCUAUUGCAUAUGCCAUCACAAAGGUAUAUCCUGAAAGCCACCAUGGGAUUUGUAUCUAUCAUUUGGAGCAGAACCUAAAGCGAAGAAAAGUGAAAAGUGAGGUCAUAAAACUUUUUCAAACAACUGCAAGAGUAUACAGGCGCAAAGAAUUUGAUCUUUACAUGUCAGAUAUAGCAAAAGUAGAUAAGAAGACUUAUGACUACUUGAUGGAAGAACCACCAGAAAGCUAUCGAGAAGAGAAACAUCAAGAAGUCCAACUUUUGCUCGCACUGGUAUUAAAAGAAUCUUGGCUAAAAACAUAUGAAAGACAAAUACAUCCUGUAGGACAUACUGAUUCUUGGAUUGUACCAGAGAGUGUUAAGUCACAAAUUGUUAAACCUCCAGAUUUCAAAGUGCCACCAGGUAGAAGGCAGAAGAAAAGGCAUAUUCCAGCUACCGAGUCAUCAAAAAUAACAUUCAAAUAUGGUCGUUGCAGAAGAAUUGGUCAUAAUAGAACAACUUGUAUACAUUCUCCGGCAGUCCAUCCAUUUUCAAGAAAGCAUAGAGAAUAG